UAGGAGAUGGAUGAGUCGAUCUCUUACCUUGUUGAAAGGAUUAAGCAGGAGAUGUUCUCCCCCUCAGCUGACAUGCUCUCCUUCCUGCCACCGUCGCCCUACGAAACUGCAUGGGUCGCCAUGGUUGCCGGUCCUCAGUCUCCUCAUCGUCCCAUGUUUCCGCAGUGCCUAGAGUGGAUAAUCCGCCACCAGAGAGAGGAAGGGUACUGGGGGGAGCUCGGCAACCCCAUGGACUCUCUCACCUCCACCCUCGCUUGUGUUGUUGCACUCAAUGCAUGGGACACUGGCCAUGCUAAUAUCGAGAAAGGAUUAGGAUUUCUUCGUGCAAACAUGGUGAAACUUCUGAUGGAGCAUCGCGGUGGCAUCCCUCAGUGGUUCUCUAUUGUCUUCCCUGGCAUGCUUGAGCUGGCACUGGCCAAAGGCCUACCUGUUCUUCCCGACGGCGGCAGCAUGCCAGCAGUGAACAACGUCUUCAACAGAAGAGAAACCAUAUUGACAAUGUAAGGGUCGGUCAUAGGAGUAUACAUUAGCCGCGCAAGGCUGGGACUGUGUUUUCUUGCUCAUACACAGUGAAUUCUACUUUGAUACGGCAGGGAAAAAUCUUCAGGCAACGAUCGCCACCCCCCGCUAACGUCGUUCCUUGAGGCCCUGCCAAUAAGCUGCAGGCCAAAUCAUGAAGUGAUUCUUAGGCUUCAGAUGGAAGACGGCUCGCUCUUCCACUCUCCUUCUGCAACCGCUUGUGCUUUCAUGAUUACAGGCGAUAGGAAUUGCUUGGAGUACCUGCAGACCAUGAUGAAACGAUGCAGCAACGUGGGUAAGUCCACUAACAAAGAAUCUAUUUCGAGUUAGAUGGAUGCAUAUUCUAAAAGGUAGAAUUGGUGUGGAGUAAACAGUUCCUUCCGUGUUUCCUGUGGACGAAGAUCUCAUAAAGCUGUGUCUGGUGGAUCAUUUGAGGAGGUUAGGGUGUGGUGAGCAUUUUGCGGAAGAAAUACGAGGCGUUAUGGACCAUACUUACAGGAAUUGGGCUACUCAACAACGAGAAGAUUACAAGAAUUAUGAGAUAUCGCAAUAUAUAUAUAGAGACUCGUUAGCCUUUAAUCUUUUAAGGGCAUAUGGAUAUCGUGUAACACCAAGGAAGUUUUGUUGGUUUAUGGAUGAGAAAGAUGUGCUCACGCAUAUCAUGGAGAACUACACUGAAUUCUUAGGAGCCAUGGUUGGUGUCUACAGAGCAGCACACUUUAUGUUCCCCGAGGAAGUUGAGCUUCACAAUGCCAAAGUUUUUGCUAUGAAAGUAUUGCAUAAGUGUUUGCAUUUAGACGGCAACAAUGCCGACUUGACCGGUUUUGAGAAAGAGAUUGAGCAUGAAAUGGAACUCCCAUGGCUCGCUCGAAUGGACCAUCUUGAGCAUCGCAUGUAUAUAGAGAGAAGUAAAGGUUAUAUAACGUGGAUCGGAAAGACCAACACUUGCAGGCUUUCAUGUUCCUCGUUCGUCAUCAAACUAGCAAUUAAAAGCUUCUUAAACCGCCAAUCACUUUACAAAAAUGAACUUGAGGAACUCAAGAGGUGGUCCGAAGGAUCAGGGCUGUCCAAAAUGGGAUUUGGCCGAGAGAAGACAACAUAUUGUUACUUUCUAGCCGCCGUUCCGACAUGUCUUCCUCUACAUUCGGAUCUACGGAAGAUAGUUGCAAAGUGUGCAAUCAUAGUCAUCAUUGCAGAUGAUUUCUUCGACGAGAAAGGUUCUCUAAAUGAACUAGAAUGCCUAACUGAAGCUGUGCAUAGGUGGAAAGGAGAAAGCUUGUGGGGCGAUGCGAAAGUAAUUUUUGAUGCACUCGACGAACUUGUACGUGAUAUAGCUUUCAAAUCAUUUAGUCAGUAUGAUAAUGGUGUGGAAGAUGUUCUUCAUGACAUGGUAAGGUUUGAUCUUUCUCUUUUCUCGAUUAACAUACACUAAGAAUAAUUUGGUUCUCACUAACUUGGUGAUCUGCAUAUAUAUGAAGUGGUGUGAUGUGUUCGCCUCAUGGCUGAAGGAAUUCAAGUGGAGUAGUAGUCAACAUGCACCUUCAAUUGAUGAAUACAUUGAAGUCGCCAUGACAUCUAUAGCCAUACAAGUAAUAACUCUUCCUGCAUAUUGCUUGGCUUGUUCAGGAGCUCCAAAGGACAACAUAAAAUCCCAUUACAGCAAAAUAACUAAGUUGGCAAUGUUCUGUGCUCGUUUAUUGAAUGACAGCCAGAGUUACCAGCGAGAAUUGGAGCAUGGGAAGUUUAACAUGGUACCACUGUAUAUGAAGGAGAAUGCAGAUGCAAGUAUCGAAGAUUCAAUUGACCACAUAAGGGACAUUCUUGAGAAGAAAGGGAAGGAAUUUGUUGAGCUUCUCUUCGGUGAUGAAUAUAAUAGUGUUCCAAAAUUAUGGAAAGAGCUACACUUGACAACUCUGAAAGCAUUUUGGAUGCUCUAUGAUACGACUAAUAAAUUUGACUCGCCUACGGCAUUGCUUCAAAACAUUAACAUGGCAUUUUAUGAUGCUUUGGAGAUUAAUGUUUAGACAACUCUAUCAUUAUAGCUAAAACCUUUUCUUUUUUUUUUGUAAGAGAAGAUUGUAUUGAUCGAGCAAUGUCUUGUUGAUGAAAUAUGAAGAUCAAUACAAGGGAGUAGAUUCAAUGGACCUCUUUGUUUUAAGUGCAAUGACAUGCAAUCAAAUAGCUAUUAAAUU